AUGCUAGGACUCUUCAGGACUUGCUUCACCUCUCUUAACAAAAAGGCUAAAUUCCUCUUCAAUGAACCAAGAAGCAUAGACAGUACAUUAGAAUCUAACAUAAGAUUCUCUUCAUUUGUUGACAUGGGGAUAUCUAACCAGUUCAAACAAGUUUUCAAGCUGAUUGACACUAAUGGUGAUGGCAAAAUAUCAACUAGUGAACUCAGUGAGUUACUUUCAUGCUUAGGAUACAAAGCUAGCAUAGCUGCUAAAGAAGCUGAAGGUAUGGUAAACAUGUUGGACUCAAAUGGAGAUGGGUUUGUAGACUUGGAAGAGUUCAUGGUUGUUGUGGAUAACAAAGAAGGUAAGUUUGGUUGUGCUUCUGACAAGGAGCAAGAUGAGUAUCUUAUGGAUGCUUUUCAUGUGUUUGAUACUGAUAAGAAUGGUUUAAUUUCAGCUAAAGAACUUAAGAGAGUUCUGAUAAAUUUAGGAUUUGAUCAUUGUAGUAUUGGAGAGUGCAAGGUUAUGAUCAAAAGGGUUGAUAAGAAUGGUGAUGGGUUUGUGGAUUAUGAAGAGUUUCGGUCCAUGAUGAAAUUAGGAUUAGCCAACUAA